AUGUCAUCUAUUUGUCAUUUUUUUUCUUUAAUCUGGCACGGAUACGUAUAUUCAUUAUAUUAUUUAUCGACAACCAUGAUUUCUGGUGGUUCUAAUGACUUACCCUUAAAUAUGUAUGAAUGUGUUUUUGGAAUAGUAUGUAUGUUUACUACAGGUAUGGCUUGGGCUUAUUGCUUGAACACGAUAGGUAAUAUAAUAAAUAGUUUAGGAAUAGAGAAAUAAAAAUAUGAAGAUGAUAUGUUAUAAUACACGAGUAUAUGA